CCGUGGUCCUUAUCAAACUGCCCAUACAAAACUCCCAUAUCUCAUCUCAUUUCAAACUCCGAAGGUUCCUUAUUCCUCCUCGCGACAUUCCCGCAAUUUUUGUGAGAGCUAGAGACGCGACGAAUUCCGCCCUUAGGCAACUCAAAGCCCUCAACAAAGCCGCCCCAUCGAUACUACCUCAGAGAUGUCCUUGGUGAACAGAGCAUACGUGGGUGGGUCAGACCUUGUAUCAUCAGGAAAGACGCGAAGGGUAUUGGCAACGAAAUCAGGCGUGUUAUGUUUGUUUUUGUUUAUCAUUUCAGAGCGCACGAAAGCUACCGUGAAGCAAACAAAGGACAGGAUUUGCAUGACAAAUGUGACUGAGACACAGAUGCCGAGACUAAAAAGCCAGUCCAGCCGACUUCGAAUGUAUUCCUCGGUGGGAAUCCUCCACUUUUCCUUUAGACAAUGCCAUUAUAGAGUCUCGAACCGUAUACUGGACGAGCGCAUUGUUUUGACAACAUGCUAUUUAACUCCGCUUCAGAUCUUUUACUUCCGUGUGAAACAGAAACUGCUCAGAGAUAUCCCUGUAUUUCAACAGCAUUUCUUUCUUUUCCUCAGUCACACAGAAGCAGUGCUCGACCUCCCGCAGAACAACAAAAGGCGGCUCGAACGCACAAAGCGAAGAGUGGGAAGGGAGGGGAAGGACAGUGUAAAAAUUUAAUUACUGAGCUCUCAUUAGAUAUCGGUCGAUUUACAUGCACCACCCAGA